AUGGAAAGAGAUAAUCAGAGCUUUGUGACCACAUUCAUCCUUAUGGGGAUUCCCCAUCCAUCAGAACUAAGUACUGUCUUAUUUGGUAUUUUCUUAGUGAUCUAUGCACUAACUCUGGUGGGGAACCUCUUCAUUGUGCUUGUGAUUAAAGUGGAUUCUCAUCUCCACACUCCCAUGUACUACUUCCUGGCCAACCUUUCCUUCAUUGAUAUGUGGUUCUCUACUGUCACUGUGCCCAAGAUACUUAUGGGUCUUUUUUCCCCAGAUGGUGGUAUUAUUUCUUUUCAAAGUUGUGUGGCCCAGCUCUAUUCUUUUCACAUUUUGGGGAGCACAGAGUGUUUCCUCUACACAGUCAUGUCCUAUGACCGCUACCUGGCCAUCACUUACCCCCUCAGCUAUGCCACCAUGAUGAGUGGAAAAAUGUGUGCCAUUCUAGCUGGAGGGACCUGGCUCAGUGGUGCUAUCCACUCAGCAGCCCAGACUGCUCUGACCUUCCGCCUGUCCUAUUGUGGCCCCAAUCAAAUCCAGCAUUAUUUCUGUGAUGCACCACCCAUUCUCAAAUUGGCCUGUGCCAACACAUCAGUCAAUGAGAUGGUGAUUUUUGUAAACAUUGGCAUAGUGGCCUCUGGAUGUUGCUUCCUGAUUUUUCUUUCUUAUAUGUCCAUUGUCCGUGCUAUCCUGAAGAUCCGUACAGCUGAAGGCAGACACAAAGCCUUCCAGACCUGUGCUUCCCAUUGCAUUGUGGUCCUUUGUUUCUUUGGGCCUGGUCUUAUUAUUUAUCUAAGGCCUGGUUCCAUGCAUGCUGUAGACAGGAUUGUGGCUAUUUUUCAAACAAUGAUCACACCCCUGCUGAAUCCCAUAGUGUACACAUUGAGGAACAAAGAGGUGAAAACAGCUUUGCUUAGACUAAAAUAUCACAGAAACUCUAUACAAAUUAAUUAAGAUAUGGGUGAGCUAUUUUUUCAAUAAAAUAAAUGUUUGGAAUUUUUAUGAAUGGUUUAUUUGUGUCAUAGGAU